AUGGCUGGCCGAGAUCAGGGAAUUCCCUUGGCACACGGAUGCAACUUUGCGACAAUGCGCAUGUCUUCGUCUCUUCGGAUGACAUACAACGCUCUCACUCUCCUUGCCGCGGAAAUUGGAGAGAUGACGACCAAGUCUCCUGAGGAGAAAGUUCUGGCAAUGUACAUUACCGCUUACGAGAAAAACAUCGAGCUGCUCCUGAAACCACCGACCGGCAAGAACCUGGCGCAACAGUUCGAGUUCACCACAGCCUGCGGUGUCUCGAAAAGGCUCCGAGGCGACGAUUUCUGGACAUCGCCAGAUGGCGAUUCGUACACAACCAUUAUCGCGGUCUUUGACGCUGCGUUUGCGUCCACCAACAAGGACAUGAUGAUGGCAUCAGCAUCCAUGGUGCAUUCCUUACGGACCCAACUUUCCGAGGAUACUCCUCUGAAGCGCUUUUCUCUGAUUACGCUCUCAGAUAGCGGCAUUCAGUUCUUCCCGGACACCGCGCAUUUGAGCCGGGCGUUCGGCUCCAACACGAUGGUGACAGAACACACUCUAAAGGACGAGCAUCCUCCACGGGUGUUGUUUCAAGAUUCGCGCUGCUCCUUUCCAGAGGUCACCGAAAACAUAUUUGAAAGUUUGUAUUUGGAAGCUGACAGUCCGCAGCGGGAAGUGACCACAGCAUCGAGACUGGUCGUGUUCACAACAGCGGCCAAGAAUGCGGGCCCGUUGAAGAAGAUGUUGCUUACACGUCUCUCCUCGCCAGAUUUUAGGUCGGCCGGCACACUUCGUACGUGGAUCGUCACAGCAAAUAACGUCACAGAUCUGCUACCCAGCUUGGCACAGGACCUGAAACAUAUACCGAACCUGAAAGCGGUAGUUUUUGUCACGCCAGAGGUCCGCUUCUUGCGUCCACUCAAGCACUUUUACAAACACUUUGCCUUUGCGAGCGAAUCCAAGUUUGUAUUCAAUCGCAGGUUGCAAACAACCGUGGAGGACUUGGUCCCUGUCUCCCAGGUGGAAGCUCAGUCGUUCGCAUCCGUCGCUCAUUUUGGGACAGGUCCGGCCAAAAUCACGCUGCUGCGUCGUGAAGACGCGGAACCGCUCGCCAUAUUUCCCCGAACGGAGUCACUUGCAUGGCUCGUUGAGCCCAUGGAGACCUUGCUGUUGUUGAUUGAUGCCCACACUGGCGUGGCUGUCAAGGACUUUCUGGCCGUCAUGUCGCAUGCUCGCCAGUGUGAGGUGUUUCUCGUCGAUGAGAUGCUGUAUCGACUAACCCACCGGCAGUUGCUUCUGAAGGACGACGACAAAAUAAGCCAAGAUGGCGCUUACAGCCUGUUGGAUCCCUCAAUGCCCGCGCGAUUGUCUGGUACAGGCAAGUUGACAGAUGCUUGCCUCCUGUUCGAGAUGACAAAGCUCGCCAAAGAAGAAGGCGUAUCCAUGGCCGCAUUGCAGACACUAGCUGCCUGUAGAAGUGUCAUGCUGGUGACGGUGGAUUGGAUCCUGAAACACGUGAACUGGAACAGCGUGGCCAUAUCAGAGGUUCACAAAGCGUGUAUCGGCCCUGGUGCGCAAAUGAGCCAAAAGGGGCCCAUGUGGCUUGCCAUGGGUUUGGUUGCCAGGGCCUUGCGAGAGUGGGAUGGCACCGAUCAACCGGCCACAUUCAACGUAGGAUCCGAAGACAAGGUGACCGUCAUCAAGCUACGUAGAACCUUGUUGGACAAGUUCAAGCACGAGAUGGCCAAAACGGGCUCCAUUGUGGGAAUUCCAACCGAGGACAGCGAAUCUUGGGCCUCCGCCGUUCUAUCGAGCAACGACAUUCGACUUGUUGAGAAAGUCGGUGUCAAGUGCCACAUUGACCAACUCUAUGUCGUACGGAAUCCGGAAGCAGACAAUGUCAUUUCGAUCCUGGAGACGACCUGCUUACCACUCGAUUCCGGUUUACUCAACAACACCCUGUGGUGUCUGGUCCAAAGCCCCCCGAGGGUAAAGACGGGCCCAGAUUGCCAGCUGAGUGCAGCGGUCAGCGUCGCGCUGAGUGAGUUUGGCGAGCCGGAUGCCAACGACGAUAUGGAAACCGUUGUCAAAGCGGUCAAUCACUGGUGUUUGUACAGGUCCGACAAAACGCAGUAG